CAGGGUCUAAAACCCAUGGCCGUGACCUCCACCGUCGUCGUCCUCAUCCUCACCUGCUCGCUGUAGCCAACAUGAGGAAGCCGUUUCCCACAAACUCCUCAUGAACUUUCAGAGCUGACCCCAGUCUGUGAAACUGACUCCAAAACUUUUUAGAGCUCGACGACCCGGGUUGUCGGAAGCAGGAUGGAGGGCAGGGCGCCGGGAUUCGUGAAGCUCCUGAGGAUUCUGGGAUUUUUCUGCCUGUGGAUUACAGCUCAGGCUCAGAUGAAGAUCCCACCGGAGACGGUGCAGCAGUGGGCGUCGGUGUUCUCCGUCCAGCUCCGGGAACUCACCACCACGUACUCCGGCUCUCUGCUGCUGCAGAAGAAACUGAAGGACGUGGAGCCGAUCAUUAAGAUUGUGGAGCUGGACGGAGGCGACUUGGUGAAGGAUUAUUCAGAUGAAAUCGAACGCAUGUUGGGAAGCAAGAUGAAGUCAGUGAAGAGGUUGGCAGAGUCGGCAGAGGACGCUGACCUGUACCACGAUUUCAACGCCACGUUAGAGUUUGAUUACUACAACUCCAUGAUGAUCAACACGAUGGACGAGGACGGGAACUACGCGGAACUGGGCGGAGAGUUCCCGCUGGAGGAGAACGAACAUUUCAACAAGCUGCUGGUGAACACGCAGCAGAGCAACAUCCAGGUCCCCACCAACGUCUACAACAAAGAUCCCAACAUCCUCAACGCCAUCUACAACUCAGAGGCGUUAAACGACGUCUUCAUCGGUAACUUCCAGAAGGAUCCCACGCUCACCUGGCAGUACUUCGGCAGCUCCACCGGCUUCUUCAGGAUCUACCCCGGUAUUAAAUGGACUCCAGACGCUAACGGUGUGGCAGCGUUUGACUGCAGGAACAGAAACUGGUACAUCCAGGCGGCCACGUCUCCCAAAGACAUCAUCAUCAUGGUGGACAUCAGCGGGAGUAUGAAGGGGCUGAAGAUGACCAUCGCCAAACACACCAUCAACACCAUCCUGGACACACUGGGAGAGAAUGACUUUGUCAACGUCAUCGCUUACACUGACUAUGUUCGCUAUGUGGAGCCGUGCUUCAGAGGAACCCUGGUCCAGGCCGACUUGGACAACAGAGAGCACUUUAAGCUGCUGGUGGAGGAGCUGCAUGUUAAAGGAGAAGCAAAGAUCAAGAACGCCAUGAAGGAAGCCUUCAAAAUCCUCAACGAGGCGAGGGCCAACGGUCAGGGCAGCAUGUGUAACCAGGCCAUCAUGCUGAUCACAGACGGAGCCAUGGAGGACUUUGAGUCCGUCUUCGAGGAGUUCAACUGGCCGGAGCGCAGGGUGCGAGUCUUCACAUAUCUGAUCGGCAGAGAGAUGACCUUCGCUCAGAACACCAAGUGGAUCGCCUGCAACAAUAAAGGUUACUACACACACAUCUCCACGCUGGCCGACGUGCAGGAGAACGUCAUGGAGUACCUGCACGUGCUCAGCCGACCGAUGGUCAUCAACCACGACCAUGACAUCAUCUGGACCGAGGCCUACAUGGACACGGUGCUUCCCAACACCAAGGAGCUCUUCACCACCAAGGCCCAGAGUCUGCUGCUGAUGACCUCGGUGGCCAUGCCGGUCUUCAGCAAGAAGAAGGAGACGCUGUCCCACGGGAUCCUGCUGGGCGUAGUCGGCUCAGACAUCCCGCUGAUGGAGGUGAUGAAGCUGGCGCCCAGAUACAUGCUGGGAGCACAUGGCUACGCCUUCCUCAUCACCAACAACGGCUACAUCUUGGCCCACCCCGACCUUCGACCUCUUUACAAAGACGGAAAGAAACUGAAGCCGAAGCCAAACUACAACAGUGUGGAUCUGUCUGAGGUGGAGUGGGAGGAUACAGAGGAGAUGCUGAGAACAGCAAUGGUGAAAGGAGAGACUGGCAGCAUCAGCCUGAGCAUCAGAGCAUCUGUGGACAAAGGGAAACGACCUCUGUACAUGAUCAAUGAGUACUUCUACACAAACAUUGAUGACACGCCGUUCAGCUUCGGCAUGGCGCUGACGAAGGGUCACGGAAGGCUGAUGUUUGUGGGAAACGUGUCUGUGGAGGAAGGGCUGCAUGACCUCACCUCCCCAGACCUGAGCAUCGCCUCCGAGUGGACGUACUGUGAGACAGACAUCGACCCCGCCCACAGGAAAUACUCGCAGCUUCAGGCCGCCAUCCGCUACCUGCUGGGGAAGGAGCCCGACCUCGAGUGUGACGAGGUGUUGCUGCAGCAUACGCUGUUUGACGCCGUGGUCACGGCUCCGCUGGAGGCCUACUGGAACGCCCUGAUGCUCAACGAGAGGGUGGAGCCCGGCGUCGAGACGGUCUUCCUCGGUACUCGCUCCGGCCUGAUGAGGAUCAUGAGAUACGCAGGAGUGGAGAGCAGAGUCGCAAAGAGGUUCCUGACUCCGGUUGAUAAAGACAACCUGUUCACCAUCGAUCACUUCCCGCUGUGGUACCGCCUGGCCGUGGAAUACACUCCUGGAAUCUUCUUCUACUACCCAGUCAACGACAAAGGCGUGAAGUACAUCAUCGCGACGACAGCGGUGACGGUGUCGUCUGAAGGGAGGACGGCCAUGGCAGGAGCUAUCGGGGUGCAGAUGUCCUUGGAUUUGCUGGAGAAGAGGUUCUGGGCCAUCGCCAAGCAGAGAGCCGUGUGUGUCCAGAAAUGA